CAAAAUGUCACUGUCACUUACGUCAAAGAAUUGUUUUCGUAUUUUACAUUGAGAAAUUGCGAAUUUAAUUGUGAACUAUUGUACAAUAUUUACAGCCUAUUACAAAACCGUGUUAUUCAUUAAGAAUACUACCGUGUAUGUGUAGAUUUGGACUAGUUAAAUCAAUCUUUGGUAACUGCAAGUGCGUCACAAAGGAAACGGUAGUGGAUUAUAGUAAAUCAUAUCUUUAUUUAUUGUAAAUCAUGGCUAGUUCAGACUACGUUGCUACAUUAAAGAUAUUAGUGAUUGGAGAAAGUGGCGUGGGUAAAUCCAGCAUAAUCCUAGCGUUCACUACGGGAGACUACAAUGCCUCAUUUCCAGCCACAAUCGGAGUUGACUACAAAUGUAAAGUCAUGGAUGUUAACGGUGUUAAAGUCAAACUCGGUAUUUGGGACACCGCUGGACAGGAACGGUAUAGAACGUUGACAUCGAGUUUCUACAGAGAUGCUCAUGGUGCUAUUUUAGUUUAUGACGUGUCAGAACCAAAGUCUUUAGCAAAACUGAACGAGUGGGUUGAGGAGCUACAGGUGUACUCCACUAAAAAAAACAUUGUCUGUUUAGUGGUGGGCAACAAGAUCGAUAAGCAAAAUCGCGCAGUAGAAAGAGAACAGGGUCAGGCAUUUGCGCAGAAGCACAGAAUGCUGUUUAUCGAGAGUAGCGCUAAGACUCAGGAAGGCAUUAGCUUGGCUUUUGAAGAACUUGUACAGAAGAUCAUAGAGACACCCGGUCUCUGGGAGACUGGAGGCUCCUCGUCAAACAUCCGCAUAUCAAAUGAAGAGAGAAGACAGCAGGAGGAGUCGUCAUGUUAUAACUACACUUGCACCAUUUAGAAUUAGCUCUUAUAUUGGCUUUCAUCUGAAGAUUUUUUUUAUUAUCACAAGGACUUGACAGGUCUUAGCAAAAGGCUCACUAGUUUAAAAAAAGAAAAGUUAUAUCAUGUUGUGGUGUUCUAAAAAUUUUUAAAUACUAGGAAUUUUUGUAUGAAUUUGUUAUGUCAAAAUUAUUUUGUAAACUUACGCUAGCUUUAGUUGUAAUAAAAAUAACACGAUGAAUUACGAGCAAUCACAAGAAAGUACUCUCUAAAAAUGAGAUUUAAAAUUAUUAACUUGGUUAAUAUCUAAAUUGUUGGUGGCAUAGUGUGGGGAAAAAUAGGACUAGUGUGAAAAUGUAUCGAUAAGUGUGUUGAAACCAAUAGAUUUUUUAUAUUACGCGAGACUUCACCAAAAAAUAUUAUAUCGUUAUUAUUGCCUGUCGAUAGAGCCAGAAAAUAAAGUAAAUAAAAAUCGAAUACAAUCGAUAUGAAUUUAAUCGAGUAACGAAGUUUUUUCUGUAAUUUCAACUAGUUAUUGCAUCACAAAAUAUCGCAAGUGGAAGCGCAAUGGGGCCAAUAAAAUUGAAUGUUCGCUGUAUUUUAUUCUGCUUAUUUCGAUAGCUGCGUUGAAUUUUCAACGAAGUGUUUUUUUUUUGUUUUAAUAAACAGUAGGUACAUAAAUAAUUUGUAUAACACAUUGGUGAACGAAGUUUUUGAAUCACACAUUGAAUAAGUGAAAGAUUCAUGUUGCGUGGAAGGCGCUUAUUUUAAAACAUAAGGUACUUUGGACUCAAGUGACUUGAAGAUUAAGGCCAGUUACAACAAACAGUUUCAUACUAAUUAGUUCGACGUUUUCAGCUUUCUAGCAAAAUGUAGAUAAAUAGUAAAUGUAAAUAAUAGUUAUUUUAUACAGAAUAAAAUUUAUUUUUUCAUGGAUUUGAAUUUAUCGAAAAUUUUAACAACAGUACAGUGAAUAGUAUAAGAGGCAACUUGCAAAGGUACAAGCUUAUUUAAAAGUAUCAAGUUUUUCAAAGCAUUGUACAAUAACGAUCAUUUUUUGCAUUUGUUUGGAGGCUAAAAAAAUAAUCGUUACAAUCAAAUGGUCCAUAUUUCAUUGCAUAAGAGAGAUAAAGCUAUGCGUUCUGUAUAACUUUUCUAUCUCUUUUUCAUUGGAAUCUGGAUCACUUUAAUUUAUAGUAAGUCAAAACUUUGUGUAAAAAAAUGAACCUAAGCUUUAUUUAUAGAAGUGUUUUUUCACAUCAUUUCGUCUUCAGAUGUAAGCCAUACGGUGAUGUGAUAUCUCUGUCUGCUUUUGUAUAUAGAAAUAAAAUGAAUAUUGUAUGUUGUACACUAUAUUAUUAUAAAUAAAACAUUUCACUAAA